GCUCCAGUAUGUUUGACACAUUAUUUGCUAUGUCUUUGCAGAUCAGCAAAUUAUCGAACAGGUGUCACAACACAGACUUAAGGGGUCAGAUUUUCGAUUAUUGAAAGUGAUAGGUCGCGGAGCGUUUGGAGAAGUACAGCUAGUGAGACACAUCCAUACGAAUUGUGUCUACGCCAUGAAGCUUUUGAACAAAGACGAUAUGAUCAAGCGCUCUGAUUCGGCUUUCUUUUGGGAAGAACGUGAUAUCAUGGCCCACGCGAAUUCUGAUUGGAUAGUGAAACUGCACUAUGCCUUUCAAGAUCAACGGUAUUUGUACAUGGUUAUGGAAUACAUGCCUGGUGGUGAUUUGGUCAACCUAAUGACAACAUAUGAUGUGCCAGAAAAAUGGACGCGGUUCUACGCUGCGGAACUUGUGGAAGCGCUUACGGCUUUACAUUCCAUGGGAUAUAUUCAUAGAGAUGUCAAGCCAGACAAUAUGCUGAUUUCUCGAAGUGGCCAUAUAAAACUUGCUGACUUUGGAACAUGUGUGAAAAUGAACAAAAAUGGAGUCAUCAAAUGCUCCACAGCUGUUGGAACACCUGAUUACAUUGCCCCUGAAAUCCUACAAAAUCAGGGCAAAGAGGCGGAAUUUGGUACUGAAGUGGAUUGGUGGGCAGUUGGUGUUUUCAUUUACGAGAUGCUGAUUGGCGAAACACCAUUCUUCGCAGAAGCGCUGGUGUCCACAUAUUCGAAUAUUAUGGAUCACAAGAAUAGUCUUCGUUUUCCCGACGAACCAGUGAUUUCUGAUCACGCUAAGGAUCUUAUUCGGAAGUUCCUGUCAUCAGCAGACGUUCGCUUGGGCAAGUCGGUCGAUGAAAUUCGUGAACACCCAUUUUUCAAAAAUGAUGAAUGGACUUUUGAAACCUUGCGUACUGCAAAUCCACCGGUUAUUCCUGAAUUGAAGGGCGACGAUGAUACAACCCAUUUUGAGGAUAUUGAGGCAAAACCGCCUAAUGAGUCAUUCCAGCUACCAAAAACUUUUGUUGGAAAUCAGUUGCCGUUUAUAGGUUUCACUUAUUCAAACGAGUUCAGGUUAAUGCUGUUAUAUUUGCUGUUUACAUUUUAG